CCCCCGCCGCCGCCGCCGCCGCCGCCCCCGCCGGGCGCCGACCGCGUCGUCAAAGCUGUCCCUUUCCCCCCAACGCAUCGAUUGACAUCUGAAGAAGUGUUUGAUGUGGAUGGGAUACCCAGGGUGGAUGUUUUGAAGAAUCAUUUAGUCAAGGAAGGUCGAGUAGAUGAAGAAAUCGCACUUAGAAUUAUCAAUGAGGGUGCUGCCAUUCUUCGGAGAGAGAAAACCAUGAUAGAAGUAGAAGCUCCAAUUACAGUGUGUGGUGACAUCCAUGGCCAAUUUUUUGAUCUGAUGAAACUUUUUGAAGUAGGAGGAUCACCUGCUAAUACACGAUACCUUUUUCUUGGUGAUUAUGUGGACAGAGGUUAUUUUAGUAUAGAGUGUGUCUUAUAUUUAUGGGUCUUGAAGAUUCUAUACCCAAGCACAUUAUUUCUUCUGAGAGGCAACCAUGAAUGCAGACAUCUAACUGAGUAUUUCACCUUUAAGCAAGAAUGUAAAAUUAAAUAUUCAGAAAGAGUUUAUGAAGCUUGUAUGGAAGCUUUUGAUAGCCUGCCUCUUGCCGCACUUUUAAAUCAACAAUUUCUUUGUGUUCAUGGUGGACUUUCCCCAGAAAUACACACACUGGAUGAUAUUAGGAGAUUAGAUAGAUUCAAGGAGCCACCUGCAUUUGGACCAAUGUGUGACUUGCUAUGGUCCGACCCUUCUGAAGAUUUUGGAAACGAAAAGUCACAGGAACAUUUUAGUCACAAUACAGUUCGAGGCUGUUCUUAUUUUUAUAACUAUCCAGCAGUGUGUGAAUUUUUGCAAAACAAUAAUUUGUUAUCGAUUAUUAGAGCUCAUGAAGCUCAAGAUGCAGGCUAUAGAAUGUACAGAAAAAGUCAAACUACAGGGUUCCCUUCAUUAAUAACAAUUUUUUCGGCACCUAAUUACUUAGAUGUCUACAAUAAUAAAGCUGCUGUAUUAAAGUAUGAAAAUAAUGUGAUGAAUAUCCGACAGUUUAACUGUUCUCCACAUCCUUACUGGCUACCCAAUUUUAUGGAUGUCUUUACCUGGUCUUUGCCAUUUGUUGGAGAAAAAGUGACAGAAAUGUUGGUAAAUGUUCUGAGUAUUUGCUCUGAUGAUGAACUGAUGACCGAAGGUGAAGAUCAAUUUGAUGAACGGCUCAUAUAUGGCAAUAAAAAAGUAGGCUCAGCUGCAGCCCGAAAAGAAAUCAUCAGAAACAAAAUUCGAGCAAUUGGCAAGAUGGCAAGGGUCUUCUCUGUUCUCAGGGAAGAGAGUGAAAGCGUGCUGACCCUCAAGGGCCUGACUCCCACGGGGAUGCUGCCAAGCGGAGUGCUGGCCGGAGGCCGCCAGACCCUACAAAGUGCCACAGUUGAGGCUAUUGAGGCUGAAAAAGCAAUACGAGGAUUCUCUCCACCACAUAGAAUCUGCAGUUUUGAAGAGGCAAAGGGUUUGGAUAGGAUCAAUGAGCGGAUGCCUCCCCGGAAAGAUGCCGUGCAGCAAGAUGGUUUCAAUUCUCUGAACACCGCACAUGCCACUGAGAACCACGGGACUGGCAACCACAGUGCCCAGUGACCCACGGCCUCCCAGGGACUCUCCCCUCUCGGGCCCCACACGGACAGAUCACCCGAGGAGCUGGAGGGGUUGGCCGUGCUGAUGGGAAAGGUCAUAGUUCCUCUGGAAAAACAAACCGUUGUGCUUUUUGACACCCCCAGCCCCCUUUCCCAGAUGGAGGCGUGAGGGCCCUGGGAUGUGUUGUGCUAAUUGAUUAUUUUUGGGUCAUUGCUGCCGAGGUGGGGAGCAGUGAGCAAGGGGCAUGGGGCAAUUUCUUAUGGGGGGGCAACUGCACCUCCAUUUAUGCUUGUGAUUCACACAUUUAAGUUUACAAACGAGGUUUCUUUUUCCCUCUGUAGACUUAGAUUUUGUUUUGUUUUUGGUUUUUGUUUUUUUAGCCAUGACUUCAAAUGCAAUCCUAAGAACUAAUGUGGAUCUUUCUCUCUCAUGAAAUGUCUUUAAAGAAUGAAUUCGCAUGGUCUUAAAAUACAUUUCUGAGGUUCCUAAUCUGUAUUUUGAACUCUGAACAAAAUGUUGACAAACCUUCCAUCGGCGUUGAUACAAAAGGCCGACCUCAGGUCGCUAGUUUCUUAAAUGUGGCUAAUUCUGUAAUAUAGUCUUAUUAUUUUUCAAUCAUGAAUGCGUAACCUAUUUCUAGGCAGACUCUUACUUGAACACAGAUCUAACAAACAAUUUUUGCCCAGAGCUUUUGAGAUUUACACUCAGAGAUUUAAGACAAAAUCCUCUAAAUUUCAAAAUUGUGAAGAAUUACAGAAUUACUCAUUUAAGGUACUUUAAAAGAAGUUUGUACAUUGUCAAAGUAAAUUUUAAUUCAAAUCAUGUCUGUAAAACUUGACAUAUUUUGUGUAUGCAUGUUUUCAUUUUGCAAAUAUUUAAUAUAUAAACCUAUGAUGUAUAGGUACGACAUGUAUAGGUUAUCUAGCUGUUAUGAGAAAUUUCAGUUUCUUGUGAGUACUCCAGUUGCUUAAACAAGCCUCCAGAGUGAUUUGCUGCUGGCUUUUAUCAUUUUUAUGUUUUGAUGCAAAGGAAAAUUUUUUCAAUGUUCUGGAAGUGUUUUAUGAUCAAGCCAUGCAGCCUAGAAGCAAUGUUACGUUCAAUCACUCAGAUGUUAGUGGAAGCAUACAAGUCAAGACUGCAUGUUGAACAUUUCCUUUUGAUAGUUCCAGAACUGCUUGGUUAACUAAGUGAAACCAUGUGCUGAUUUUUCACAAUGGACCUGUAUUGAUUGCCACUGUCGUGGGGUAUUUUCCUUCCUUUGGGGACCUGCUUCCCUCGUGCCCUGGAAUACAGUGCAGAGCUCCAGGCAACAGAACCAGCGGUUGUUUUGUUUGCCAGAAAGUGCACCCUGUAUGGUCUUCUAUCUAAGUUGGAAAUAUUAUGCAUGUGCAGGACUAUUCGAGUAUUUCACAAACAGUAGCACACAAUAAAUUCCAUGCAUGGGCCGCUGCUCCUAUCUCUGUGUUGGGUUUUAUUUGGAAAAUGAAUUGUACCUCAUGCAAAUCAAGAAAUGAUGUUACUGGAACUGGGGUAUUUCCUUCACAGAAGGUCAUUUGAACAAUGAAAGCCCAGUCUUUGUGGGGGGCUGUGGACGUGGCCCUGUGGUAGAGUGCUUGCCUUGCAUGUAUCUGGCUCUGGAUUUGAUCCCCUGCACCACACCCCACACACAAAAUUUUUUGUAAGUUUUUGUUUUGUUUUAUUUUUUAACUUUGGUUAUACUUGUAUUAGUAAUUGAGUGCUUUUAGGACUUUGGAUACGUAUUUUUAGGCCUCCUAAAUAUUUAAAAUCACUGUCUCACUUAAAUUUUAAUUAAAAUAUUAUUAUAGAA